GGGCACAGUGCUGCCCUCAACUGUCCCCCCACACAGGGCCUUUUUGGCAGGGCUGUGCUCCAUCCUUCCAUCCCCAGCUCGUACUGAUGGUUACUGGGGGUGCAAGACUUAACGUGAGCGUUCUUCUGAAAUGGGGUAACGUGAUGCUGGGCUCAGCUCUGAGCUCCAUGCAGGGCAGUCUGGGCUGACCCUAGGCUGUGCCAGGGUGGGGGCUGAGCAGGUUGAGUGCAGCCCAGCUCUGUGCCAGCCCUGCACUCCAGGAGCUGUUCCUCUUCUGGCUGCCUUGCUGCCUCCAUAGCGUUGGGGGCCCCAGGCUGGAUGUGAAAUACGCCUAUUGUUGCUGCAAUUAUUCUUGGAACAAGUGAAAAUGACCUUUUAGGUUUCCUUGACAACCUAUAACUUUCUUUUGAAGUGAUGUCAAGAAAACAAACGUGUUCUUGACUGAGGUACAAGUCUCACAGCUGAGUCUGAGGGCUGCAGAGCAGAGGGGCUGUUAACCCCUAACGCAGUAGGGCAGGGGUAAUUAAAAAGAGUUCAUUACAAGUUUAUCUGGUGGCCAGUAAUGGCUUUGCAGGGUGUUUGUCACAUACAGCCCGACUCCCUGUUCUGUUUGAAUAAAGGGAUGUGUGGAAGCUUGUUUGGGAGAGUUGUUGACCCUGAGUUCCCUCUGGUUAGCAAUAACUUUCUAACAUUUUUUUUUUUUUUCAGGAUAGAGAGAGGGAAUUCACACUGGAUGAAGAUAAUUAUCUGAAGCUGGGUGUAUUCCAGGAACCAUAACCCAAAUGUUUCUCUGUCUGUGGAGAAGAUCUCACGUUUGAAAUCACUUCUACAGAAGCUAGGUGUGUCCCAUCAUCAUGUUCUGGAAGUUUGAUUUGAACACGACGUCGCACGUGGAUAAGCUGCUGGAUAAAGAAGAUGUGACACUUCACGAGCUGAUGGAUGAAGAUGACAUCUUACAGGAGUGCAAAGCUCAGAACCGCAAGCUGCUGGACUUCCUCUGCCAGCAGCACUGCAUGGAGGAGCUGGUCAACCUCAUCACACAUGAACCCCCCAUGGACAUGGAUGAGAAGGUCCGCUUCAAAUACCCCAACACCGCCUGCGAGCUGCUGACCUCCGACGUGCCCCAGAUCAACGACAAGCUUGGUGGGGAUGAGACUCUGCUCAACAUCCUCUAUGAUUUCUUGGAUCAUGAGCCACCCCUGAACCCACUGCUUGCCAGCUUCUUCAGCAAGACCAUCGGGAAUCUCAUCGCAAGGAAAACAGAGCAGGUGAUCGCAUUUCUAAGGAAAAAAGACAAAUUUAUUAGCCUGGUGCUAAAGCAUAUAGACACAUCAGCCAUGAUGGACCUCCUGCUUCGUCUGAUCAGCUGCGUGGAGCCCGCGACGCUACGGCAGGAAGUGCUGAACUGGCUUAACGAAGCAAGAAUUAUUCAGAGACUUGUGGAGCUGAUCCAUUCAAGCCAGGAUGAGGAUAGGCAAUCAAAUGCUUCCCAGACCCUGUGUGAUAUCAUAAGAUUGAGCAGAGACCAGAGCAAUCAGCUGCAGGAUAUACCUGAGCCUGAUCCACUUCUCACUGCACUGGAAUCGCAGGAAUGUGUGGAGCAACUCCUGAAGAAUAUGUUUGAUGGAGAGCAGACUGAAAAUUGCAUAGUGAAUGGAACACAGGUUCUGCUAACAUUGCUGGAAACCAGGCGCUCUGGGGUGGAAGGACUGAUGGACUCAUACACUCAGGGAUUUGAAAGGUCUUACACUGUCAAUAGCAGCAUCUUACAUGGCAUUGAACCGAGGCUAAAAGAUUUCCACCAGCUGCUGCUCAGCCCUCCCAAGAAAACAGCAAUCCUGACUACAAUUGGAGUCCUGGAGGAGCCGCUGGGCAACGCUCGUCUUCACGGAUCUCGCCUGAUUGCUGCUCUGCUCCACACAAACACUCCCAGUAUUAAUCAGGAACUAUGCAGACUCAGUACCAUGGAUUUAUUACUUGACUUAUUUUUUAAAUACACGUGGAAUAACUUUUUGCAUUUUCAAGUGGAAUUGUCCAUAGCAGCUAUUCUCUCACACUCUGUGCAAGAGGGAAGAACUACUGCCAAUGACCCAGAAAGCAGAGAAGAGGUGCUGAAUGGAAACGUGACCACGGAGAACCAAGAAACUCCAGAAAACAACACAGAGAAUAUCAUGGUUACUCAUUUGUUCCAGAAGUGCUGCUUAGUGCAAAGGAUACUGGAUGCCUGGGAAGCUAACGACAAAAUACAGGCAGAAGGGGGAAUGAGGCGAGGCAACAUGGGCCACCUCACCCGCAUCGCCAACGCCGUGGUGCAGAACAUGGAGAAGGGCCCCAUGCACACCCAGAUCAGUGAGUUCAUCAAAGAGCUACCUGAGGACUGCAGAGGGAGAUGGGAGAGCUUUGUAGAAGAGACGCUGACAGAAACAAACAGGAGGAAUACGGUGGAUUUGGUGAGCACUCACCAUCUGCACUCAUCCAGUGAGGAUGAAGACAUUGAGAGUGCUUUUCCCAAUGAACUUUCUCUCCAGCAGGCCUUCUCUGAGUACCAAAUCCAGCAGAUGACAGCAAACUUCGUGGAUCAGUUUGGCUUUAAUGAUGAGGAGUUUGCUGACCAGGAUGAUAAUAUCAAUGCUCCUUUUGACAGGAUUGCAGAGAUAAACUUCAACAUAGAUGCAGAUGAUGACAGCCCUAAUGCUUCCCUCUUUGAAGCCUGCUGCAAUGAGCGAAUCCAGCAAUUUGAUGAUAACGAGGAAGAAGAAGAUAUCUGGGAAGAGAAGGAGAUAACCUAUGCAACACAAGUUAAAUCGAGGACGAGGUUUGGAGCAUCUCAGGCCUCAGAGAGUUCAUCAAAAAGUGAUCUCGAGAACGGAGAUCACGAUGGCAGCGUGGACUCAGAAGAAGAGGAGGAGACAGAACAGCAGGUGCCUUCUUCCUCAGCCAACAGCAACAAGAGCAAUGCUGCAGAGCAAAAAGAGUCCAACUCUUCUGAAGGUUCUGGGUGGACCGCAGUGUUUGAGCCUGUCAGCUCGAAGCCCCCCACCCCCUGCGUGGCCAUGGAUGUUGGAUCCAGUGUGUGGGACUCAGCAGCCCCAGAGAAUGCUGCACCAGAGAAGGGGUGGGCCAAGUUCACAGACUUCCAGCCUUUCUGUUGCUCUGAAUCAGGCCCACGGUGCAGUUCUCCUGCAGACACAGAAAGCAGUGAUUCGGAUGGCAACCCGAAGCAGAGUCAGGACAAGAACUUCAGCACAGCCUCUCCCUGCGUCUGGAACGUCUGCGUCACGCGGAAGGCACCGCUGGUGGCUUCAGACAGCAGCUCCUCAGGCGGCUCAGACAGCGAGGAUGAGGAUGAGAAAGGAGAUGCCAUCACAGAGACCAUCAGCAUGGGUGCAGGCCAGGAAACAGUCAAGCUGACGAUGGAUGCGAAGAACGAGAAGGCCGUUUUCACCAGCGAUUCAGGCUGCAUGGUGAUUGAUAAGCUGACCAUCACAGACAUGGGAACGACCAAAGCAUCCAAACCACUGAACAAUGCUUCCCAGCACCCAGAAGAGCACCAGAACACGGCGCCGGUUACGGAAAUGGCCACGAAAGACAGGAAAGAAGAAACCUUGCCUUGUGCUGAAGCCACAUUAAAUGGCCCUGCUUGAUGACACAGAUGCAAUGGGACGUGUGUGAUCCAGGCCAGGCUGCUACCUGGUGAUGCAAUUUGUCAAUUUUUUUUUUUUUUUUUUUUUUCAUUUUAAUUUUAUUUUUUAAUAAAUGCUGCAUUGAUGAGAGAGCUGGCAUUCAGGACCAGACCCGGAGUUUCAACACCAACAAUCUGUUCUGAAAGACACUCGCAUUGUCUAAAUGUAGCAUCGAUCAGUUAGUCAUCACAGGAAUGAUGGGGUUCUUCCCAAGCAAGCCUUCUGCCUAACUUCAGUUCCUCUCCCCUUCCCUCUCUCCCUUGGUUUUGUUUUGUAUUUGGGGUUCAGUCCUAUUUUCUUAGUGUUAUUGCACACAGUAUUCAGCUUCUCUUCAGAAAGGUAGCAGGUCUAACGCUGGGACACGGACAUCACACAGCAGUCCCACAGUCGUGUGACCAAAGUUCCUGAUGGAGCUGCCUUUGGGCAGCAUUUGCACCGCUUUUGUAUAGCAAUAAAGCCUUAUCAGAAACAUUUCAUAGGAGGAAAAAGAUGCAAACACUUUAAACGGGACGAGGCAGGGAGGGUUUUUGUUGUUUUUUUUUUUUUUUGUGGGAUGGGAGGGAUAUCACUGACAUCGUCCCAAGCCAGAGGCCAGGUAGCCAACCUGCCGUCGUGCUGAACUGUCUCGAGAAGCAGCCAGGCUCUCAAUUAAUUGCUCCGUGCUCUGCCAGUGAGAGGCAGGCUGGUUCACUGCAGGACCUCAGGUCGCCAGCAGUCGGGCCUCUGCUGUCUGAGCCAUCACAGCUCCACUUCCCAGAUGCCCUCCGUUGGCUGCAGAGUAUGCAAAGAAGGUAACGCGGCCGAGAGGAGAGCGAUGCUUCGGACUGCUGCCGUGCAGGAGCGAGAGCAGAUAUGGCACAAACAGGUUAUCAGGUGUUUGCUGGCUUUUUUGGAGACUAUUGUAUUUUCAAAAUGAUUAUUAUGAAAAAUCCUUUUUGUUUGUUUGUUUGUUUUUGUUUUGUUGGUUUUUUUUUAUUAUUUUGUUUUGUUCUUGUUUUUUUUUUUUUUCCCUUCUGUUUGUUUUGUUCUGUUUGUAAAGUUUUUAAUGGAUGCAGGAACAGCAACACUUUUGCACUUUGUACCUAGCGACAACAUUGGAGAAUGAAAUGGUCCCAGCACAGGACUCCUGCUGUUACUUUACCCUCCCAAAUCCCUUGGGCAGGAGGUCGUGGUGAGCUGGGGGAACGUGGGAUGGUUGAGCACAGCAGCACAGAGCACCGGACUGCACCUCACGCUGCCUGGGAGCAAGGUCAGUUACAGAUGGGUGCUUGCCCACACAGCACAGGACCUGCCAUGCAGGCAGGAGGACCCGAUCCUGUAAGGACCGUGCCAGCUCUGCUCUGGUUUUUGUCCCUGUCUCUGCGUUGAGCUCCUUGCCAGAUGGACUCGUGCACACAGAUCAUACAGGCGUAGCUGUUGGGCUUCUGCAGCCCCCCAGGGUCACCGUUUCCUGCCAACCUGCCUGGUGUGUAAGCCGUGUGCUGACACACAGCCAUCAGCAUCCAGCGCUGCUGCUUUCAGUAGAUCUGAGCUGGAAAAUCGUUCACUUUGGAAUAAAAGCAUGAAGCUCGACACGUA